AGCAUUGGAGCAGUAAGAGUAAGGACAGCUCGUGUUUGAGCAGCCCAGCUCAUACUUCAGCUUCCCCUGACCUGACGCUGCUCUGCUCACACUCAACGCGAGCGUCCACCUUUCUGCUUAGCACUGGUUUGACCUCCACACCGUUAGAAACACCAGCAAUGACAGAAGGGAACAAUAUGACGGACGGUGAUGCCGCCGGUAAAGGUGAGGGGGCCGUCGGUGUACCCGCAGUGGACAGAGAGCCGGAAGAGGACAAGAAGGAGAACGGGGAGACUAAAGUGACAGUCCCGCAGCAGGCGGCGGCUCCCGGAGCGGAGGAGGUCGAGUUCGUGCACCCUGAGGGCGGCUGGGGAUGGGUGGUAAUGCUUGCCGCCAUGUGGUGUAACGGCGCGGUGUUCGGGAUCCAGAACGCCUUCGGUAUCCUCUUCCUCUCUCUCCUCCGGGAGUUCGGCUCCGAGAACGAUGACGACCUCCGCUUCAAGACAGCAUGGGUGGGCUCACUCUCCAUGGGGAUGAUCUUCUUCUGCUCUCCCAUCGUCAGCGUCUUCACCGACAUCUUUGGCUGCAGGAUAACUGCAGUGAGCGGAGCUGCGGUCGGCCUGGUUGGCCUCCUGGCCAGCUCCUUUGUCACGUCCCUGGGUCCCAUGUACUUCACCUAUGGCAUAGUUUUCGCCUGCGGGUGUUCUUUUGCCUACCAGCCCAGCCUGGUCAUCCUGGGCCACUAUUUCAAGAAGCGGUUGGGCCUGGUAAAUGGAAUCGUUACUGCCGGCAGCAGCAUCUUCACCAUUACUUUACCGUUUGCGCUGUCGGGUCUGCUGGAGAGAGUGGGCCUUCAUAACACCAUGCGUGUCCUCUGCAUCCUUAUGUUUGUGCUGAUGCUGGCUGGCUUAACCUACAGGCCCCUCCUGCCCGUCAGAUCCACUAACACACAGACUGGCAGAAAGUUCCCCCCAAUGAGCAAGGUCUUCAACCUCAACAUCUGGAAGUCUUUGGGAUAUCGCAUUUGGGCCUUUGGUAUCCCCGCCGCCCUCUAUGGCUACUUUGUGCCCUACGUUCACCUGAUGAAGCACGUUGAGGAACGUUUUGGACAAGAUGCCAGUAAAGAGGUUCUACUCAUGUGCAUUGGCAUCACAUCCUGUGUGGGCCGUCUCAUCUUUGGCAGAGUGGCAGACUACGUCAAUGGAGUAAACAAAGUGUACCUGCAGGUAGCUUCCUUCUUCGUCAUUGGCCUCAUGUCCAUGAUGAUCCCCCUGUGCCACAUCUUUGGUGGGCUGAUUGCCGUGUGUCUGCUGAUGGGGUUGUUUGACGGCUGCUUCAUCUGCAUCAUGGCUCCGAUCGCGUUCGAGCUGGUUGGGGAUAAAGACGUGUCACAGGCCAUCGGCUUCCUGCUGGGUCUGAUGUCCGUGCCCAUGACUGUGGGCCCUCCCAUUGCAGGCUUCAUCAGGGACCGACUGGGCAGCUACGACGUGGCUUUCUACCUGGCAGGCAUCCCACCGAUCUUCGGAGGAGCUGUGCUGUGUCUGAUACCCUGGGUGGAGGCCAGGCGCAAGAGGAUGGAGAAGAAAGUCCUGAGCAAGGAGCAAGACGUCACCCAAACGAUGAUAGAGCAUGAGAAGGCUCGGGAGGAUGAAAAAAGCAAAACUGGAGAGUCUAUCCUCUAAGUGUCACUCUGAACAGACAGAGAGAGACAUGCUAUGUGUGUGUGUCUGGUGUGUGUGUGUGUGUGUGUGUGUGUGUGUGUGUGUGUGUGUGUGUGUGUGUGUGUGUGUGUGUGUGUGUGUGUGUGUGUGUGUGUGUGUGUGUGUGUGUGUGUGUGUGUGUGUGUGUGUGUAUGUGUGUGUGGUUCCGUGUGUUGGUGUUCAGCCCACACUAUAGAGACUGCCUUGAGUAGGAGAAUGUCAGAAAAGGCCAAAGUGAUGAAACAUAUCAGAAAGAGUAACAUGUUGAAGUGCAUGAAUGUGAUCCUGAAGAACUAUGCAUUUUAAUUGGACUGAACUAAUCUUAGAACAGGACAACUUCAUGAACUUUAUGAGCUUAAAUGAAAAUGGGAAGAAAUUAUGCAUAUUUCAUAUUUGUCACCGGGGAAAGAAGUCAUGCUGUGGUAUGUGUUAGUUUAAAUGCAGUGUGAAAGCUAUACAGUCUUGCCAAAGAUGACAAUCAUGAGGGAAAUAAGUCAUUUUUUACACAUUUGGAUACACGCAAAUAAAAAAAUAAAAAGACUAGAUUACACAGGAAAUGAAACCAAUUCUGGGUAGGAAAAAACUUGAUUUUGCCUUAAUCAUCAUCUUUGUUUUGCCGCAUUUUAAAGGGAACAGUCCUGCUAAAGAUCUCUACGGAAACACUUAUCAUUGUCUUCAGUGUAGACUUAGAGCAAGCCAAAUGUCAUAUCCAGGGAUGAGGUGUUCAUAGUAUUUUAAAGGGACAGAGAGAAUGUCUUCAUAGAAGAGAAGUUACAGACAUAGUUGGGUCAGUGUUGUGAAGCUCUGGGCUCAAACGGCUGUAACGGUGCUCAGACACUUCAAGGGAAGCAGCUUGAAGCAUAAAACAUUAAACAUACAACAUUAAAUGAGGAACAUAUUAACAGUGUGUUAAGGUCUAUAUAAACUGAUUGUAGUAGUUUUUUUUAUUUGUUAUGUUUUCUCUGUUAUUUGGCCCGAACUUUUUUACUUUUUACUUUAUACUCUACUACAAUCGCCUGAGGGUCCAGGUCAUAAAACAAGCUUCACUCUGUUAACAUCAUGUGAGCUUUGAUGAAUGACCUCAAAACAUCAACAAAGAACUGCAAUUACUGGUGUAUAUGUAGUUCCUCUCUUCUUUAUAAAAAGGCUAUUACACAUUUAUGGUAUUAUUUCAUUUGAGAGACUGAAUCUCUUAUGUAUGUCCAUGUCAUUAACCUUCAACCCGAAAAGGUGUGUUUUAAAUAUGUGUGUGUUUUUUAGAUUUUGUGGAGAAAUAAUGCUGUGAAGCAUUCAUUUCACUUAUUGAAGACCAAAUGUACUGAAAUGCAAAUGUCUGAAAUUUGAGUGUUAAUCCUGUUUGCUUGUUGUCAUGCAUCAUCUUGAUGCUCACAGAUAGUGUCAGUGAACCAUCCUAUCAUGUCACAUAUCUAUGGAAAACUCCAGAGACCCUUUGGAGGACAAUACACCAUUACAGAGAUGCUGUGGGUUGAUGUGGCAGAACUGGGACACUCUACCUCAGAUGUUGUGAAAGAGACGAGCUUCCCCAUCCUGGACCGUCCUGUUCUUCCAUCAGAGGCGCUGCUCCAGUGUUUGUUUUGGAGUGGUGUGACCGGAGAAACCCUAAUAAAACACAACGUCCUGGAACAUGAUCUUGCUGCCUGAAGCUUUGCUCUUUAAUGAGAUGUCUUAUUUUACAUGUGAGAAACUUAGGCAGCGUUUCUCCUUUAAAUCUAUAUUUUUAUUAUAAAUCACAUCAGUUGCCUCUCUUUUCAAGCCUGUUGUUUAAAUGAAAUGUAUGACUGUUUAAGGCACACUCUGUGUUCAAAGUUUAUUUUUAGAUUGAUUCAAAUUUGUGAUAUUCACCAAUGAGAGCCUCAAGUAAUUUCUUGUUAGAGAAAUUACUUAAUCCGUACCUCUGAGUUUUGAUUGUAACCUUCUUUGAUUUAUUACGCUCAGUGGCUCACUAAGUUGAGUCAUGGCUUAUAUCUGCUUCUUGAAGGGAUCUCUGCCAUCCAAAGAAAAAGUCCAAAAAGAUGUAUUAUCUGUGGUAAGAGUGUCUUCAAAGGGACUUUUUGGCAAACGGGACUCCUGGGCCAUGUUUGCCUUUUUGGAUGAGCUUAUGUGCCUCAGUGUUUAUUAGCAUUUGAUUGUUUGCUGUUAUUAUUUUUGGCUCGAUCCCGUCCAAUCCAGCCACUGGAUUUGUCAAGAACAUUUCUCUAUGUGUAUGCAUGUUUUUAUUGCUUCAAGUGCAGAUAGUUUUCCUUCCUUAAAAUUUGACUGUUCUUUUACUGUUCUUUGUUGCUCUAUGUGUGCGUAAUUUCUUUCUGCUCGCUUUCCUUAAUGCUCCGUUUUGAUAUGUGUUGUUUGCUCUCUUUUUGCAUGUGUGAUUAUUCAUUUCUCUCGUCAGUGAAAUAAAUAUAUUUUAUAUCUACUGCAGGAUGUGUGAUGAGCUGCAGUAUAUGCAAUUUCUGUAAACAUAAUCAGAUUUCAACAUUAUCAAGACAGUAAAAAAAUAUAUGUUUACACUU